GCGCCGGGAAGAAAACAAAAAUUUAAGCAUUGUGUGUCGUGUGGUAUAUCUCUAUUUCGUCUAGUCUGCCGUCUUGUUCUUCUUCUCGUCAUGUUGCGCCGUCCUCUUUCACGCUUUCCAAGCCUCUGUCCUCCUCCUGCCCUGUCCAAAAGAUUCCAAUCCAAUUCUGCAAAAUCCGAGAUAUCAGGACUCACGCAAGCUGAGAUUCUCAAUGUCUUGAAGAGCGAUGGCCGGCAACGAUUAACGAGGUUCUGGACUCCCACUGGAGGCAUCACCGAGAAAGACGACGAGAGCAAUGAAUCUCACUCUUUCCUAAUCCGAAGUGGCUUCUUGCGCCAGGCCUACUCUGGAGUCUUUCACUUUCUUCCCCUCGGUCUGCGAGUGCAAGACAAGCUGGAGCGGAUCAUCGACAAGCACAUGCGCAGUCUAGGCGCGUCAAAGGUCUCGCUAUCCUCAAUUUCCUCAGAAGAGCUAUGGAGCAAAACCGGGCGCCUCGAAAAUAAGGAGCUGCUCCGGAUUCAGGACCGGCGCGAGUCGGGUUUCCUGCUGGGUCCGACGCACGAGGAAGAAAUCACGCAGCUGGUGGCCAACACGGUCAAGUCUUACAAGGAGCUGCCGCUGCGGCUGUACCAGAUCUCGCGCAAGUACCGGGAUGAGCUGCGGCCGCGGCAGGGGCUACUGCGGGCCAAGGAGUUCCUGAUGAAGGACAUGUACACGUUCGACCACAACGAGGCCAACGCGCGCGCGACGUACGACUACGUGCGCCAGGCGUACGCCAACAUCCUGGCCGAGCUCAAGAUGCCGUAUCUGGUGGCGAAGGCGGACUCGGGAGCCAUUGGCGGCGACCUCAGCCAUGAGUACCAUUUCAUCUCGGACAAAGGCGAGGACACGGUCUUUGCGUGUGACAGCUGCGACUACGUCGCCAACGAGGAGGUGGCGGUAGCUAAGCCGGCUACCUGGGACCGCCCCGGCCCCGUCCAUCACUGGAAGGGUGUCAGCAAGGACCGCAAGACGCUGUAUGUCGUCGCGUUCAUGACGGACCCGGCCAGCCUCCUCCAACGGGCCACCCCCGCAAACCCGGCCGAGCUGCUCAACCUCCACGCGGUCAAGGCCGUCUGCCCAGACCUGGACACGGCCGUCGAGACUGACGCCGAAGCCAAAUGGGCCGAGGCCAAAGACGCUGCAGGCCCUGACGCCGCCGCGGACUUCCAAGUCGUGCACAUCGCCGACGCAAACGCCAUGAGCGUCGAGGGAGUUAACAGCAGCAACAACGAACUCGAAUCUAUCAACGAGCCUGAGACUAGCAAUCACACUCAAGUCACCCCACCAACCAGCAGCCUCCUCCGCCUGCACGACGGCUCAGCCUGCCCCUCGUGCGCCCACGGCCACCUGCGCAGCCACCGCGCCAUCGAAGUCGGCCACACCUUCCACCUCGGCACGCGGUACAGCGCGCCGCUGUCGGCAACAUGCAUGUCGCCGGCAGGCAAACCCGUCCUCCUAGCCAUGGGAUGCCAUGGCAUCGGGGUCUCGCGCACGAUAGGCGCAGUCGCGGGCAUCCUCGCCGACGAGCGAGGGCUCAACUGGCCGCGGGCGAUCGCGCCCUUCGAGGUCGUCGUGGUGCAGGGGUCUGGCAUCGCCGACGCGGACGCCGCGAGCGUGUACGAUCUGCUAGUUAACGGCGAGGAUGGGGCGCGGGGCACGGUGGAAGCGUUUGAGGUCGCGGGCGAGAAAGACCAAAGCUCGCGCAUCGAUGCCGUGUGGGAUGAUCGCGAGGCGAGCAUUGGCUGGAAGCUGCGCGACGCCGAUAUGGUCGGGUAUAAUGUCAUCGUUACGCUGGGACGCGGCUGGAAGGACGGCCAGAAGUGUGAGGUGCAGUGUCGCCGCUUGGGCCUCAAGCAGGUCGUCCAUGUGGAUAGGCUGCGCAAAUUUGUGCUGAGUUUGCUGGAGCAGUUCUAAGGGCGUGGUGUUUGGGGUACAUGGCGAGAGUUGGGGGUAUGCGUAUGUAUGUGUAUGCAUGUAUGUAUAGUAUGAAUUUGUUUGUCUGCCUGUUUAUCUGACCGUCCGUAAAUACACAUAUACACAGG